AAUGGUGGUUUUUGCAUUAACUACCAGUUUUCAUGUUUUUAGACUUAUCACAACUAACAUCUCUCUCUCUCUCUCAAAUAGUAGAAAUUAUUAUAUAAAUUUUCCAAAAGGGACUAAAAUGAGAGUAAUUGAUAAAAAUAUUAUUGUUUGAAAAUCAAAGUAAUAAAGUUUCCAUUUUAGUCGGAAGAAAGUAAUUUUAAGAUAUUCAAUAAAUAAUAAAACUGAGAAGGAUCCAACAAUCUCUCAACCGUAUUUUCAAAUUCAUCUUGCAUCUCUCUUUCUCUCCUCUCUCUGUGUAUCAUAUCUUCAGAGUCGAAAAUGCCACAGGGAACGCUUGAAGUUGUUCUUAUCGACGCCAGUGGUUUGGAGAAAACAGAUUUUUUAUCGAGCACUGAUGUUUAUGCCAUAAUCAAAUGCCAAGAUCAAGAGAAAACGAGCAAAGUUGCAUCAGUUGAAGGAUCGUCCCCCACGUGGAACGAGACCUUCAUGUUUUCCAUCUCAUGGGAUGUUAAAGAACUGAAGAUCAGGAUAAUGGAUAAAGACAAUCUCAGUGCUGAUGACUUUGUUGGUGAAGUGACAAUUCCUCUUGGGCCAGUGUUUGAAUCGGAAAGAGUUCCAACAACUAUGUACAAUGUUGUCAAGGAUGGGACAUUAUGUGGAGGGCUAAAUGUCAGCCUCAAGUUCAAUCAACAGACAACACGGAGCAGGGGGUUUCCAAAUGAGGAUCUGGGAGGGUGGAAGUCAUCAUCAGCAAUGGAUUGAUUGGUUCGACGAUGCAAAGUUUCUGUUUCUACAGCGUGAUCAAGAUCCUUUUUUCUUUUUGUAGCAACUGCAUUGUUUUAGAUUUUUUUAUCAGACCUCAGAUUCGAGGAGACCAAUUUCAUUGCCUCUUAGCUUGUGGCAGAUUUGGAGUCUUCAAUAAAGUGUUAGAAGUUGUUUGAUCACUUUGGUUAAUGUUAAUAGUUUGACAUAUUCUUGCA